AUGGAGUUUACUCAAGUUGAGUCUGCACUUCUUGAAACUCUCGCCAUGAUCACUAGUCAAGAUUUAAACGCAAUAAAGUCUGCAGAAAUAAAAUUAAAGCAAUGGGAAAAACAGCCGGGGUAUUUUUCAACGCUUUUAAAAAUUAUUUCAAAUCAUACUAUUGAUUCUAACGUAAGAUGGCUAGCUGCUUCUGUUUUUAAAAAUGGGGUUGAUAAGUAUUGGAGGAAAACAACAGAAAAUUCCAUUCAAGAGGAAGAAAAAAUAUCUUUGAGGUUGGCUGUUAUGAAUAAUUUUGAAGAACCUGAAAAUGCUGUAGCAUGUCAAUUGUCUAUUGUGAUAUCUAGAAUGGCUAGGUAUGACUGUCCGAAGGAAUGGCCAGAGCUGAUUCCCAAUUUAAUUGAGGUUAUUAAAAAUGGUAAUUUGCUAAUGCAAUUUCGAGGGUUGCAUACUCUUAAUCAAGUGGUAAAAGCAUUAGCGUCAAAAAGAUUAAUUGGAGAUAGAAGACUUUUUCAAUUAGUAUCAGCUGAAAUUUUUCAGUUUGUUUUUAAUAACUGGAAUAUAUUGUUUCAAGAUUUUAUUAUGCAGGCUCAAAAUAAUAAUUCACUGGGUCUUGAAACAUUAGCCAAAGUUUUAUUAACAUUGAAAAUUUUAAGAAAAUUAACUGUUCAUGGCUUUCAAAAACCCAAUGAAUCACCAGAUGUAAUGGCUUUUGUAAAUUCAUUAUUCGGAAGAAUAAAUGACAUGCUUUUAAUUCGCAAGUUUGGAGGAAGACUGUCUCAACUUACAGCUCUUUGUGAAAAAGCUGUUAGUCACAUGACAAUGGUUUUGUUGGCUCUGCUAGAAAAUCAUCCAUUUUCUUUUAUUUCUUUUAUUCAACCAUCUCUGACAUUGAUUUUCAAUUUUAUUUUUCUGGGGUCACCCGAUAUGUUAUUUGAUAGAUUUAUAAUUCAAUGUUUAAAUUUAAUGAAAGCCAUAUUAUUAUGUCAAGAAUACAAAAGAAACAAAUUUAUAAAUAUGUCUUGUUUCGACAUAAAUACUAAUCAAAAUGAAAUUGUUCAGGAAGCCAAUCGUUUAAAAAAGGAAUUUUUUAAACCAGAAAUUCUUGAAGAAAUUUGCAUCAAAUUAAUUACCAAAUACUUUCUACUAACUAAAGAAGAUCUUCAAUUAUGGGAAGAAGAUCCAGAAACUUUUGCGGUUGAUGAAAUUGGGGAAUCAUGGAAAUUUUUACUUCAUCCGUGCGCCCAUUCCUUGUAUUUAGCCUUGUUGCACGAAUAUCGAGAUAUUUUAACUCCCGUAGUUCUAAAAUUAGUUAAAGACAAUCAGCAAAUUGUUGAUCCAUUAGAUUUAAACGGAAUUCUUAAAAAGGAUGCUGUUUAUUGUUCAAUAGGCUUAUGUGCAUUUGAUUUCUACGAUGAGGUCGAUUUCGAUCAAUGGUACUCUGCCACUUUAAUGCACGAAUUAAUAAUAAAAGAACCAAACUACAGAAUUAUUAGAAGGCGAAUUAUAUGGUUGAUUGGAAAAUGGAGCGAUGCUAAACCUGCAACAGAUUUUAAUCCAAAUAUUUGUAGCGCAGUUUUUCCUCUUUUACAGCGAAACGAAGACUUGGUUGUUAGAUUGACCGCAGCAACUGCAUUAAAAAGUAUAAUUGAUCGUUUUGAAUUUAAUUCAGAUCAGUUAGCAAAUUUUUUGGGGCCUUCAUUUUCAAUGUUAUUUGCUCUUUUGCAAGAAGUAAAAGAAUGUUCUACCAAGAUACAAUUACUUGGUGUUUUAUCUUUCAUAGUUGAACGUGUCGGUGAAGAUAUUAAACCCUAUUCUCAGUCUUUAAUUCAGUAUUUACCUUUGCUUUGGGAGGAAUCAGCUAAUUACAAUAUGCUAAGAUGCGUAAUAGUGUCCACUCUUGUCCAAUUCGUACGGGCUCUCAUCAGUGAAAAUUUAACAUCAUUUUUAUAUCCCGUAAUCGAACAUUGUAUUGAUGUCAAAAAUGAUGCUCACAUAUAUUUAAUUGAAGAUGGUUUAGAACUAUGGUUAACCGUAAUUGAAUAUUCAGUGGGUCUUACACCUGAACUUUUUAAUCUGUAUAAAAAAAUGCCCAAUAUUCUGGAAAAUUCAUUAGAAUAUCUGGAAUGCUGUUGCAAUAUAAUUCAGUCAUAUAUUUUAUUAAAUCCCGAAAAAUUUUUGAGUGAAUAUGGAGAAUCGUUAAUGAUAAUGUGUUCGAGUUUAAUGACUACUGCAAAUAAUAAAGAAAUAUUUAAAAUAAUGCAAGUUGUUGAAACAACAAUUAAAGCCAAUCCUCACAUCGGCGUCAAUUUAUCGUUACCUAUUCUAGUCUACACCGUUUCGUGUAUCUGCGAAGAGGAAAGCUGGAAUAUGGCUAUGUCCAUGUACUCGGCCGUCAUUUGCAGAGUUCUACUUUAUUCAAAAGACGUUUUUUCACAGGUAAUGGAAAAAGCAGCCAAUCUUAGAUCAUGUUUAACAGAAAGGUUAUUGGAACAAGUUCUUUUCGUUUGGAAUAAAGUGAUGCCGUCUGUAUCGGAAUUAGAAAAAAGAAAAUUACUUGCCUUGGCAUUGUCUUCCCUUUUAACAAUACAAUCUAAUUCUGUCUUAUCACAAUUUUCAACUAUAGUAAAAAAUAUAAUCGAAGCGUUAAAUGAUAUCAUGGACAUAGAUAGCAUAUCGGCGGAAUUAAAUUCUUUGAUUACGCCGGAAGACAGAAAUUUCGUAGGAGAUGAUGGAACAGACGAAAACAGUACAAUUGAAAAAAGGAAAAAACAUUUAAAUGAAUUUGAUCCUGUUUAUAAAAUUGAAUUGAAGGGAUAUUUACAAUUGCAGGCAUGGAAAAAAAUUAAUUUUAUUAUAUAUAGAUAUUUAUUGCCGUGUUAA